UUUAUUUUGAAAUAAUGCGCACAUGCAGCACGGAUGUGACAACUUCACUCUGACUGACACGAUUCUAAUAACUUGUUUUUAGUAAAAGUAAACAAGGAACGAAUAAUGGAAACAUGAUGACAUAAUGGACAGUGGGAAGCAAAGUCGUGCUUUACCCCCGCAAAGAAUAAGUGAAUCUUCAAAGGUGUAUCGAUGGGCAGAACAGGCUAACUAUCUCCUUCAAGGUUUGAAUGAGCAAAGGCAGCAUGGCCAGCUGUGUGACGUCGUUCUGGUUGCUGACAACCAACGGGUCCCUGCCCACCGGGCUUUGCUCGCGGUGUCCAGCCCCUACUUCCAGGCUAUGUUUACCCUGGGAAUGCGAGAGAAACACGAAGCCGAGGUCGAGCUGGUUGGAGCCUCGUACGUUGGUGUCAAAGCUGUAGUGGACUUCCUGUAUAGCGGGGAGUUACCUCUCGAUGGUGGAAACAUUGACUAUGUACUUGAGACGGCCCACAUGCUCCAAGUGUGGCAAGCGGUGGACUUCUGUUGCCAGUACAUGGAGAAAGAAGUACGUGAGGACAACUAUCUGUACCUGCAGGAGCUCGCUGUACUUUAUAGUCUGGAUAGGCUAGAUGCCUUCAUAGACCGAUUCAUUUUGGAGCAUUUUGCCACGCUGUCCAUCACACCUGAGUUUCUGCAGGAUGUACGGCUGUCCAAGCUUUGCACGUACCUGGCAGACGAGCAGGUCCAGCAUGAGAACGAGCAGGCUCUUCUAAAAGCCGCCUUGCAGUGGUUAAACCAAAGCCCCGAACGCCUCAAGUCCACCCAGCAGCUCCUCUCCAACAUUCGUUUUUCCCUCAUCGCACUCGAUGAACUCAUAGGGAGUGUAUUGCCGGCCGUAAGUUCGCUGUCGCAUCCAGACGCUUGCUGCGAGGCUUUAGUGCAGGAAGCGCAGGACUACCACAUGCGACUCAGCGCCCAACCUGUACGGCAGACGACACGUACGCGCCUCAGAGGAGGCGUGGAGCGUCUGCUGUUAGUGGGAGGGGAGGUGUCUGAACGUGGAGAGGAGUUGAGCUCUGAAGUGUGCUGGUUGGAUGAAGAAGCAGGAAAGUGGGUUGUCGAGACCGAGCUACCGGCUCAGAGGAGUCACCACUGCGUUACCGUCCUGGGGGGAUUCAUCUUUACAGCGGGUGGGAGCUCCUCACGUGACAAUGGGGGAGAUUCUGCAAGCAACUUGCUUUAUCGAUAUGAUCCCCGAAGUAACCAGUGGGUUAAGGGGGCUGCUAUGAACCAGCGGCGUGUGGAUUUCUUUUUGGGAACCAUGGGAGACUGUCUUAUAGCUGUUGGUGGACGCAAUGAGAACGGUGCUUUGUCAACCGUAGAAAUGUACCAUCCUGCAGAGGACUUCUGGACUUAUGUAGCAGGAUUGCCCAGAUUCACAUAUGGCCAUGCAGGCACCAUUCACAAAGAUAUAGUCUACAUCUCAGGAGGCCACGAUUACCAGAUCGGCCCGUACAGACGCGACAUGCUAAGUUAUGACCCGAAAACCGCGGACGCGUGGACGGAGAGACAAGCGAUGGUGUUGGCACGAGGUUGGCACUGCAUGGCAUCCCUGGAGGACAAAAUCUAUGUCAUCGGUGGCAGCGAUGACCACGAGGACAGCAUGGAACGUUUCGACGUGUUAGGAGUGGAAGCUUUCGACCCACAGACUGAUCAGUGGACCAGAAUCGCCCCUCUCUUGUACCCUAACAGCGAGUCAGGGGUAGCAGUCUUAGAUGGAAAGAUCUAUGUACUAGGAGGGUACACCUGGGAGGCCAUGGACUUUUCUGAGGGAACUCAAGUGUAUAUGCCAGACAAGGGCCAGUGGGUAUUGGGUCCGAACCUCCCGAAACACAUCGCUGGAGCCUCGGCGUGCGUGUGCCUUGUCAGACCUCAGCAAACGAACAGUAUGGAGGGUAAAACAUCAGGGCACAAAGAGAAAGACAAACAGAAUAGCAGGCAAGUGCAAGGAAGGUGA